CACACACAAUCCCACCUCUCUGUCUCUCUCCUCUCUGCCACUUUAUCUUCAGCAAGGGCUGCCCACUGGGAUAAUAUUCUGUAUCUGUCUUUCACGCACAUUAAUCAGUCAUUCUCUCUCUCUCUCUUUUCUCUUCCUCAUUAUUUGACACUUUUUCUCCAUCCUCCUUUCUGUCAUCUUCCUUCUACACCUCUCUGUCCUCCUCCUUUAUCACUUCCAUUCUGCUGCUCACAUCAUCUCAGCGGCUGGAGAACUCACAGGACGCUGGAGGACAGGUUAGAUACCAACAGGCUGACAGAAGAUGGCAUUUCUGAGGCAUGAGAUUACCUUUUUCUUCUCCCUGUGGGCUUCUCUCCUUUAUGUAGCACUAAUGUCUCUUCCACUGGGGGCAGAAGCACCAAAAAAAAGCCAGUACAUCUGGAAAACAGGUGUAUGGGGUGUAUGUGUGGCCAAUGAUUGCGGUUCUGUCGGGCUCCAGAGUCGCUUGGUGUGGUGUGUCCAUUCAGAAGGCUGGAGCACACAUCAGUCCAAUUGCUUUCAAUCUGAUCGGCCACCGCACCAGCGUGUGUGUGUGAAGAUGUGCGAAUGGCAAAAGGAUCUGUUUGAGUGGCGCUUGUCUCCUUGGGGUCCCUGCAUCCCGAGUCCUCUCCUCCCAGCCAGUCGAUGUGUGACCGCUCAGCGUGGAGUACAAAAGCGAGAUGUGUUGUGUGUGAAGCGUACUAACAGCACCAAGGUGAGCCUGCAUGUAUGUGAAGCGUUUUCUUCACCUCCAGAACGAGAGCAGGCGUGUUUGUUACCCUGCCCAAUCGACUGCGUCGUCUCCGCCUUCACCCACUGGUCUACCUGCAGCCGCACCUGCGGGUCGGCCCUCCAACAGCGCACCAGGCAUGUGCUGGCAACACCCCUGUAUGGAGGAGCAGACUGUCCCAGCCUCACCCAGACACGUCCCUGUAACCAUGACAAUGCCCACCCUGCCCUCUGUCCCUCUGACCAACAGGAAUACAGCUACAGUUUGUGGGUGGGGCCCUGGAGCCCUUGCAGACUUAAAGGGACAGCGCCUCUUGGAAAGACAAAAGUUGACUUCAAUUUUGACCUUGAUGGGAAAAAAACAGUCAAGGCUUCAUACAUGAUCAAACGCCACACUGAGAGCAUUCACCAUCAAAAUCAUUAUGAUGAAACUGGCCACAAAGUAUCCUGGGAAAUCAUAAUUGGCUAUCAGACUCGGCAACUGCGCUGUACUAGGAGUGAUGGGAAGAAUGCCAUGUUAAGCCUUUGCGACCAUGACAACAGCCCGGUAAACUUUCGUUCAUGUGUGAUGCCCAGAGACUGUAAAGUGUCUGAUUGGUCACAUUGGAGUCCAUGUUCAAAGACGUGUCGGACAUCUGACCAAUCACCUGGCUUCAGAAGCAGGAGCCGCAGCCUGAAGAGAGCAGCCAUUGGUGGAGGAGAGCCAUGCCCCGCCCUGGAAGAAAAAGCAAGCUGUAAUAUUCUGGAAGACACACUGCCACUGUGCCCAAGGUAUGAGUGGAGGGUGACCAAUUGGAAUCCAUGCCAGGUGACCCCCCUUUUGAGUCAGCAGGACCAUCGCCAUAGCAAUACCAGUGUCCUGUGCGGAGGUGGGAUCCGGACCCGAGAGGCAUAUUGUGUCAGGAUCCAUGACAGCACAGUACUAUCCCAUAUCAAUCGGCCUGUUGGCAGGAACUUGUGCGCUGGGCCUUUACCACCAUUGGCUGAAUCUUGCUUCAUUCCCUGUCAGAAACAUUGUCCCCUCACGCCUUGGUCACCCUGGGGACCCUGUCUCCAUGACAACUGUUUCGAACCCCAGGGGAGAAGAGGUUUCAGGAUGAGAACUCGUUCUGUAAUUACCGAGUCUUGGGUGGAGUCUGACAGUUGCCCUCACGUCAGUGAAGCGAUGAUCUGUGAUGACCCCAUCUGCUUCCAGUGGCACGUUACAUCACAGGGACCCUGUGUUCCACGAAAUGGAUCGUGUGGCCCAGGAUCCCAAGAACAGACUCUGGAGUGUUUCUCCACCACAGGUGAACCAGUUGCUAGUGAUCAGUGCCCAGGAGAUCCUCCUCCAGUCCUGCAGCCAUGUGAGAUGCCCUGUCCUGGAGACUGUGUGCUGGGACACUGGGGUUCCUGGACAUCCUGCUCCCAAUCCUGCUCCAGUAAACACCAAGAGGGGAAACAAAGUCGCUCACGUCUAGUUCUGGCUCUUCCUGGGGAGCAUGGAAAGCCAUAUCCUCCAGCUCCAGAGCUCCAGCAGUGGAGACCCUGCGGCACGCACCCAUGCACAGUGUACUACUGGGAUACUUCACCUUGGGAUCCCUGUAUGCCAAACACCAUCACAGUCGAGAGUGACGGUAACAGCACAGCCCAGAUGGAGAAUGAUGCCACCUGCGGUACAGGGGUACAGAUGCGCCAAGUCACGUGCAGGAGAGCUGGGAAUGGACACGUACUGCCAAAACGGUGUCCUGAAUCCUCUCGUCCUGACUCAAUACGGUCUUGUCCUUUACCUUGCAAAACUGACUGCAUCAUCACACCUUUCAGUGAAUGGAGUGCCUGUCCCUCUUCCUGUUUAUCAGUGAAUGCUACAGCACCGAACCAGUCCCGUCACAGGAUCAUUAUCCAGAAACCUGCAAAUGGAGGUCAAGAGUGCCCAGACACUCUUUAUGAGGAGAGAGAAUGUGAUCCACCUCCUCUGUGCCCAACUUACAGAUGGCAGACCCACCGCUGGCAUCAGUGCGUUCUAGUACCUGAUUCGGUGAGGCAGGCUGUGGGUGGGCCCGCAGAGGCAUGCGGUAUUGGCCUAGAGACAAGAGAGGUGUCGUGUGUUGGUGCAGAUGAUUCUCCAGCAGAUAUGACAGACUGCGUGAGGUGGGCAGGAGUGAUGCCCGUCUCGGUGAGGGAGUGCCGUGUGCCAUGUAGAGAUGAAUGUAGCUUUACCUCCUGGAGCAGAUUCAGCCAGUGUCAAGGCUGUGGAAGUUGGCGCACUCGUACCCGAUCUCUGAUAGGUCGAAGUAAAAAACGCUGGCGAUGCCAACAGGAGGAGCUGUUUCCUCUCCUGGAGAAAGAAGCCUGUCCUUGUUCUGAAUUUCACACCCAGCCUCAGGGUCCCUGGUCUCCUUGUUUGCUCUCACCAGCAAAGAACAUUGCUGGCCAUCCUUUCAUCCAAGGAGUUUCCCACCAAGGCCAAAAGACAGUCCAGGACUGGCGAGCUCAGAGGAGGAACAGCGAGUGUGGGCACGGGAAGCGCUACAGAGCUCUUGCCUGUCUGGAUCACCUGGGAAAGCUGGUGGAGCCAGAUCUCUGUAGCAGCCCUGGUUAUGAAGAGGAAGUGUGUCAUGUGCCCUGUUCUACGGACUGUAAGUUGAGUGAGUGGUCGAAUUGGUCCGCCUGCAGCGCCUCCUGUGGUGGGGGUGUAAAAGUUCGCUCUCAGUGGCUACGAGAGAAGCCUUUCAAUGGAGGUCGACCCUGCCCAAAACUCAAUUACAAAAAUCAGGGCAGGUCAAGCAACAUUAAAGUUUCAUGGAUCUGAACUGGAGUCAGCAAGCAUUUCCUUCAGCUCAGUUUCCCUCAUAUAAAUGAACCACUAAAUAACGAAUCUACAUGGGGGCAAACAUGUUCCAAUAGAAACUAACAGAAAAUCUUUCCUUUCCCUUUCUUUCCCUUUUUCAUUUUCCCUUUCCUUUCCCAUUUUCCUAUUCCUCCUUCCUUUCCCCGUUACUUUGCUCUUCCUCUUACUAUCAUUUAUUUUUCUUUCUGCAUUAAUUCUAUUUCCUCUCCCUUUCCCUAAUAUUUUAAUUUUCUUUCUUUUUCCUUUCCUUUUUUCCUUUGCUUUAUGUUCACUUUCCACUUUUUUCUGUUCCCCUUUCCUGUUCCUAUUUCGUUUCUUUUCCAAUUUCCUCUUACUUUCUUUUUCCUUUCCUUUCCUCUCCCCAUGAAUUACCUCUUCCUCUUUCUUUAUAUCCUUUUCUUUAUGCAUUUGUUCUAUUUACUUUCCCCUUUCUUUCCAUUUACUUUCCUUUUUGGUUUCUUUCCCCAUUCAUUUCAUUAAUG